AUGUCUGCCGAAGAAACCGUCAACCAAGCCACCCAAUCUGCCGAAGCCGCUGUCGACAACGUCCAGAAGACCGAACAGAAGGAGUCCGCCACCUUCGUCGACAAGGUCGAGGACGCUGCCAAGAAGGCCAGCGAGGAGAUCAAGAAGGAGGCCGACGCCGUCAGAGAAGAAGCCAAGAAGACGUCUGCCAAGGUCAACAGCGAGUUGGAGAAGUCCUCCAACCCAUUGAAGAAGCUCGGCAACUACUUCAAGAAGGUCUUCAACUAG